GCACAGGGCGGGCCGGCGAGCGCCGCUCGUCGAGCGGGCAAGGGUGUAGCGCGGCCGCUGGCUGACCGGCAGGGGGCGGCGCUUCGACGGCGGCCGGCCCCCAGCGCACAGCCGCAGACCGGCCGCGCCGCGCGCAGUCCCGCACGUGCACCGGUGGCGCAUGCGCGCAGUGUGAUGGUGUUGUGCGGCACAGGCGCUGACCAGCCGAUGAAGAAGGUGGAAAGGUUCGCAGAGACUCUGGAAGCAGGCGCGGCGAUGUUUGCCGCUCAGCACCCGCCGGCCGGCGUGCCGCUAGGCGAUCACCUACAAAAGAUGGAAAGGGAGCUGCCCUCCUCACCAGUCAACAUGAAAGACUCCGGGAUCAACGGUGACCUGGACGACGGACGGAGCGACUCCUCGGAGGGCGCGGUGGGUGGCGGCGGCGGCGGCGCCGACCCGGCCGGCGACCUCUCCAGAGAGGACUCGCUGGACUCGGAGAGGGACGGGGUGCUGAACCUGGCACCGCAGCGCGACUCUGGCUCACCACCGGCCGCGCGCCUGGCGCCGCCGCCCCCGCCGCCGCCCCCGCCCUCAGCGGCCGGCGUGCAGGCCGCUCUGGCCGCCAUCCAGGCUGGUCACAUGACGCUGACACAGCAAAUCAUGUUGCACAAUCAGCUGGCGGCGGCGGCAGCGGCAGCCAAUCAGGUGCCGGCGAUGUCCGCGGCGUACGGCGGCACGAUGAGCGGCUUCGGAGGAAACAGCGAGUCCAUACAGGCUCUGCUGGCGGCGCUGAAGCAGCAGCUGCAGCACCAGCAGCAGACGCUCCAGCAGCAGCUGCAGCAGUUCAUGAUGAUGAGUCCUGCUGGAGGUCACGGCCACCUCUCGGCGCAGCAGCUGUUUCUGCAGAACCAGGGUCUGUUGCAAUCCGGGCUCCUACCAGCCGGUCUGCAGAGCUCUCCGACCGUCAGCCACGCCCAGGUGGCGCAGGUGCAGCAGCUGGCGCAGGCAGCUCAGCAGCUGCAGCAGCUGCAGAAGCAGCGGCAGCUGGCCGGGCCACCGUCUCCCAGCCCGCCGCCGAGCGGUCUUCUGGCGCGCCACCCACCGCCACCGCCACCACCCGUCUCGUGCGGCGCUCGGUUCGGGCCUCAGCCGCCGGCCAGCGUCGCGGGCCAGCACGGACCACCCCCGCCGCCACCGGCCGCGCCCAUCCGCUACACAGAACCGCCGCCUGACGAGACCACUGACCUGGAGGAGCUGGAGCAGUUCGCCAAAACGUUCAAACAGCGUCGCAUCAAGCUCGGAUUCACUCAGGGCGACGUCGGCCUGGCGAUGGGCAAAAUGUACGGCAACGAUUUCUCCCAAACGACCAUCUCCCGGUUCGAGGCACUCAACCUAAGCUUCAAGAACAUGUGCAAGCUAAAGCCGCUGCUUCAGAAGUGGCUGGCAGAUGCCGAUAGCACUAUGUCCAGUCCGUCGCACGUCACGCCGCCCCACAGCACGGCCGAUUCUAUGGGCCGCCGGCGCAAGAAGCGUACAUCCAUCGAGACGGGCGUGCGCGUGGCGCUGGAGCAGGCCUUCAACCAGAACCCCAAACCCACCUCAGAGGAGAUCUCCAUCCUGGGCCGCCACCUGCUCAUGGAGAAGGAGGUGGUCCGAGUGUGGUUCUGUAACCGUAGACAGAAGCAGAAGCGGAUCAGUACGCCGACGGCGUCGAUGGGCUCGCCGCAGCCGUCGUUCCCGACCUACUCGUCAGCCAACUCGGGCGGCUCAGUGCCGUCGCCGCACUCGUUGCCGUCGCCCAUCUCGCCGCCGAUGUCGUCGCCGCUGCCGCAGUACACCGCUGCCAGUUCGCCGGGAAAUCCGUACAAGGACUGACCCUCACUGGGCUGGGCCGAGCCGGGACCCAGCCGCACGCCGCCCAGACCGCUCCACGACGCGCCGCCGCCGCCGGCUCAGCCUGGCUCGGCGGCGCCGACACGGUCUAACAUGGAUCCGCCGCCAGCACCGGCCGCAGAGAGGGACUUCGAGGCGCCGCCAUCGGACUACAACCUCACCUCCGCCGCACCGGCUACCAAACGCUCUCCGCCACCAAACCGCGGUACGGACGCACCUCCACACAUCGGCUUUAACAUGAAUUCACCGCAGAGAAGCUCUGAGCACGGCUACGAGCCGACAGAGGCGGCCGACCUGCGAAUGGACUCUCCGAGGGCGGGGUACGACCCGUCUCUCUGCUGCCCAGGCACGCAGUCGCCCAGCCCCGGCGCGUAUGGCCCACCGGGACAACUGGGUCACAUCCGAGCCCUGCUCUCGGGCGAGUACCGCUCUGAUCCUCGAGGCAACAGCGGGGGCGGUCUCAACCUGGCCAACUUCAGCACGGGGCUGCUGCGCUCUCGACCGGAGCCGGGCCGCGAUUACGACGGGCCGUACGGGGCUCCGCCGGAGCGCGGUCUGCUGGCGCACGGCUACCGUCGCGCCCGACUGGAGCCACCGAACCACGAGCAGCCGUCGGGCGGAGCCGUGUACGACUUCAGCGGCGCCCCGUCCCCCGAGCGACUGACCACGCCUCCGGGUCGCUGGCCCGCGUGAGCCGGCCCCGGGACACACCGACCCAGUCCGGCACGACCAGCCCUGCUGGCGCGCGGAGCCGGGUGUAGACGCCGUUUUCCAUCAGAUUCUGCCGAGCAGUGACGGGGGGCGCCUCGGCCGCCGCCCACUGACCAGUGCGAGUGAUAGACACAGAGACGUAACGCUUUGAGCGUGGUCUAUAAAGGGACACGGAGGGAGGGGCUGCCGCCUGUCUUCCAGACCCCCGGCCCGAGCCGGGUGCGGCCGGCAGUCACGCCACUGACUGACAGACAGGGUACACUCCCACACACAAACAAAGCAUAAAAUGUACGCAUAUCAUACACAAGGACACAAUUGGUCGUACAUUAGCCACUCUAACACACAAAAUGAGCACACAAACACUCACAUUUGAUGGUGAAUAUAGAUACAUGCAUACCUACAAAGGGCACACCAGUUCCUAUUUGGUAUUAACUUAUCACGCGAGGUCCAACGUGGGCGAAUGGGCUCAACGCGAAGCGCGCUCACAGGAGCACCACAUAUAGAUUGAUUACGCAGUGCGCCCUGUAGAUAGUAAUACGAUAUAUUCCGUGAAUGUGCGCGCAAAGCCCGGCUUAUAGGGAGCACUGUUCCUGGUUGGGAUCGAGAUCGUUGGAUGUCCGAGUCGGUCAUAUUUCGGCGAGGCCUCGCCACGCGUGUGUGCGUGUGUAACUCCGUUCUGUGUGUUGUUCCCGCCUGCUUGCAUGAGUGUGCGCCACCGACGGGCGCAGUUGCGCGAAGGUACAAGCCGUGUUCUGUCGCGUGCGUGAGGCGCUCGUGCGCGCGCGACCGUCGCCGAGUAGCCGGGGAGUGGCAACUGAUCGUGUCUCCCCACUAGUCGCUUCCUCAGGUAACAAGCAUGGCCCGGCCCGCAGCGGCCGCGGGGGAGGCGAGACCCGACACACAUACACACACACGCGAGCGCGCCCCGAGUGUUUCGUUUUGUUCCACGGGUCCUCUAGGGUUACGUUGUACCUGUAUCUCAGAUCAGUUCCAUGCUGGGGGGUGGCGAUCGGCGGCUAGGUUUGUCUCACUGUCGGUAGAAUGCGGUAGAGAGCGGUAGAAUCCCACAGAGUCGACCCCCUCCACGACCGAAUGUGUGAAUGGUUCUGCGUGGGUGCAUGUCCGUGUAAAUACAUGUGGAUAUUUUUGUAAAGUGUUCGGUAGCCGCGCCGUUGGUGUAUUUACAGGGUGUUUAGUUAUUUUCUUCGGCGAUCACUCAGUGAUCCAGUGUUUGAGCGGUGUGGACACCGUGUUAAUUCUAAAAUUAACUAUAUUUCGCUAGAAGACUGUUGUACCUAAUGGCGGCGUUAAUUAUCGUGUACGCAAACAUCGUCAUUGUGCUGCUUUGUUAAUUAUUUUGUAGACACACGAAAUACAAAACUGUACUGUCA